AUGAAUGCACCAAGGCACAUCAUGCUAACUUUGAUGCUCUGCCCUACAUUUCUUGCGCAGCGUGAAAUAUUCGCAUUAGUCGGAACGGAAGUAAACAUGCACUGCAAUCAAUCACAAGGACAUGAACGCUGGAUUCACAAGAAGGACGCCUCCUCACCAGAGAAUGUUAUCGUCCCAUCGGAAAGUAUACAAAUACUUUCGAAAAUGCUGAAAAUUAAAAAUGUGCAAAGAGAGCACGCUGGCAUUUACUUGUGUGAUGCAUCAAGCAGACCUGCCGCUUUCCUUUAUGUCGGAGUGGCACCACCCGCACCUGCAAAUCUCCAUGUUCGUCCGAAGAGGAAAAACGAUUACACCAUACUCACUAUUCAUUGGGAGAACAAUACGGGUACAAUACAAGAUGUUGACGAACAUAGCAGGGCUGAGUAUGUGCUCGAGAUUGUGGAGUUAAGAGAUCCGAAGAAUUGGAUAAGAAUUUUUCGAGUUCGCAAUUGUUGCAACAUAGAAUAUGAAUACCGAGGACCGCCAGGACAUGCUCGCUUGCGUAUUUAUGCAACCAACAAAUAUGGCAAGAACAAGUCGUAUAGCAUAUCUGGGUCCGCUUUUCUGUUUCUUGUCUUCCAUUUGGUUCUAUCCAUUGCAUCAGCCGUACACAAACGUGCAUCUAUCAUAUCCAGCUUCACAAGGUCUAACCAGCGAAUCUUUGACCUCCCACGCAGCCUCACUCCUGAAACGUCGAGUUUCAGUGCGGUUUGGGCCACAGAAUCUUCCUCUCUCCGCAAGACGUGA